AUGGCAUCGAACGGCACGCACAACGACUUUGUCAACAUUACUACCUCACAUUCACGCGCGCCCAGCAUGGUUCACGAGACACCCGCACACUUGCCACGUCCGCGGCUACCAGUCAGAAAGCAAGCGCCACAGAAGAACAUUGACGAUUUCUGGCACAAAUUUACCACCAAACACCCCGGAAAGAUCUUCACAAUAUUACCUGACAACUUGUACGCCAAACGAGCCGCCGCACAUACACCAAGAGGAUCCAUUCCAGGAGUUAACGCACUCGCAUCCUACGAAGAGGCCAAGGAGGCUUGCAUUAGGAAAGUUGCAAAGAUUGUUAAAGAAUGCCGCAGACUUAACCAAAAGUACCGAGAUCCACAUUUCGAUAUUGAGGCAGACUUUAAACGGUCACAAGCCUUUCCUGACAUACCAGCCGACUGCUUGACCGGAUUGAAUGAAGAAACAGCCACUUUCUUUCCUCAGUCGGUGAAAAGAGUAGAGGAGGGAUUGAUUGAAAGAGUGUGCGUCGCUCGUGAUGAAAAGGUUGGCGUGUACGGAUUUGUUUUCCAUCGAGAUGGCGAAUGGAUUUCCGAAGUCAUCGACGACAAGUUGUAUCUCAUCAAGGAAGAUUUUGACGAAGCAAAGCUCGAGCGUCAUCAAUGGCUGGAGCUACAAAACCGCAAGAGUCCCGAGGAGGAAUACCGCACUGUAAUGCAAACGGGUUCUAGGGCUCUUUACUUUGCACAGUGCAGCGAUCCCAACGAAACAUGGCUUCCGCUGCUUGAGAAAGCUUUUGCCAAAGCUCACGGAGACUAUAGUGCCAUAGAUGGGGGGUUCGUAGGUGAGGGUAUCGAAGACCUCACUGGAGGUGUGACUUCGGAGAUUUUCACCACUGAUAUCCUUGACAAGGAUCAGUUCUGGCGAGAAGAGCUUAUGAACGUCAACAAGACCUUCCUUUUUGGAUGCGGCCAGAUGGGCGGCAUCUAUGGCUCACGCAAAGGCAUUCAAGAGAAGCACGCAUACUCUGUCAUGGAAGCUCGGGAAAUAGACGGCCAGCGAUUGCUGAAGCUGCGCAACCCUUGGGGCCGGACGGAGUGGACUGGCCCCUGGAGCGAUGGGUCUGAAGAGUGGACCCCUGAGUGGAUGCAGAAACUGAACCACAAAUUUGGUGAUGAUGGCGUCUUCUGGAUCUCGUACAAGGACCUACUUCGUACCUACCAACACUUUGACCGUACACGGCUCUUUGGUCCAGAGUGGACAGUUUCGCAACAAUGGACCAGUGUGAACGUCCCUUGGAGCGUCGACUACCUGGACACCAAGUUCAAGAUACAUCUUGCCAAGGGCGGCCCGGUGGUGAUUGUACUAAGUCAGCUGGACGAUCGCUACUACCAGGGUCUUGAGGGGCAGUAUGAGUUUCACCUGCAGUUCCGCCUCCACAAAGAUGACGAAGAGGAAUACAUAGUCCGCAGCAACGGAACGUACUACAUGAAGCGCUCAGUCUCGACAGAACUUGAGCUCGAAGCUGGCAACUACACCGUCUUGCUGAAGAUCAAGGCCACAAGGAUUCACGAGAAUCCAACACCGGACGAAGUCAUUAGAACGACCUGCACCAAGCGUCGUGAGAAACUUUUAUCCAUUGGGCUGUCAUAUGAUCUUGCUCAUGCCAAAGGUCAGUUCAGAGAGCAGGAGAAGGAGAAGCUGGCGCGUGAUAAGGAAGAGCGUAUUGAGCGUAAGAAGGCUGAGAUGAAACGAACACACGAACGUCAGAAGAGAAUGCGCAAGCGAGAGGCGCUCCGUGACCAGAAGAAGGCUGCCAAGCAGACACAUCGAGCGAAUCGUUCCGGCGACAUACAAGAAGUCGAGAGGAAACUGCGAGUUCUUCGCGGUCUCGGCAUCAACGCUGAGGAAGAACCCAGAACAUCUGGGGAUGAGGACUCGAAGCCCAUGCAUCAGGUCGUCACCAGGCACCAUCGUGCGUCUAGCACUGGCGCGAUCCGUGAACGAGCCGAUAGUACGAGCGGAAGCUUUAGCGGCCGAGGCGGCUACAACAAGGGCAGAGAUGGAUACAAUGCCGCGCUACCCGGUGCGCUUCAAGGACGAGGCGGCUAUAAUUACAGCCCGCAAGGCUCGCCUGGUAUCCAUCACCAGGGCUUUCAAGGACGAGGAGGUUACAACCAGAACAUGCCCGGGGAAUUCCAAGGAAGAGGGGGAUACAACCAGAACAUGCCAGGCGAACUUCAAGGAAGAGGGGGCUACAACCAAAACAUGCCGGGUGAGCUGCAAGGCAGGGGUGGCUACAAUACAGAGCUUCCUGGUGCAUAUCAGGGCCGUGAUGGCUACAAUGGCCGCGAUGGAUACAACGAGGUGCAAUUGACGGAAUCGCCUUUGCCUACACCCAUGCCUACACCAUCAGCUACAAUGAUGGACGAUUUCCAUCCACAGCGAACACAUAGCCCCCGACACUCUCCAGCUGCAUCGCGCCGUGCAACACUUGCACCUAUUCCUGGUGUGCGACCUGGUAUCCAGGUCAGUCCCGGACUUAGCACAGGCGAGUUCUCUCAUAAGGCUCAAGAUGGAUUUGGAUAUCCCAACGAUACUUCUGACGACUCGUCUUGGGACUCUGAGAUUGACGGCCCCUGCUCGCUCGACUCUAGUAUCUGUGAUGGCGAAGACGAGAAUGAAUUCUCCGAGCAGAGGCCACGGUACAUCUGGUACAAUGGUAUGCGCUAUCCUUACAUCGAAGAGGUGGAUGAAUUUGAGCGGGAUCCAUGGAACGCAGUCUGUGUCGUUGGUCUGCGUGUCUUUAGCAAGGACAACACAGACGUCACGAUUGAGGUGCACAAUGGCGAGGGCGACCGUACGAAGAAGAGUGAUGGUGAUGAUUCGAGCGUCAUUAGCAUGGCCACUGUCCGACGGAAGGAGAAGGAGCUUGAUGUGGACGACCGCGCGGCUGAUGCUACCAGCCCGUUACGUAAGAAGAAUACGGGUCUAGAUGAUGAGCUCAAAUCUCGUGCGAUGCAACGGGAGUUAGUCGAUCAGGUUGGCUCUGCACCUGCGGGUUUGGAGCUGAAUCGGCAGGGGACUUUGAGUUGAGCUGGCUGUUGGAAAUGACUGCGGGAUGGCGUUAUGGUUAAAUUGAUCACGGAGGACUUCUGUUUGUUAUAGAGACUUUGCUUUUAUGCGCAGGACGCGAUUUGUACGAACAGGAAUGGGCGGGAAAAGGCGUUUGUUCAUUUUGGCAAUAUAAGAUCAGUUUGUCCAAGAAAGCGUAAACCUUGC